CAGAAACUUUAUUUUGUCGGUGCAGGUAUUUCCAGGUGUCAGUUGAAGUGUUAAACUUGCACAGUAAGGUGAAUGUAGCUGAAGUGAUGAACGCGUAUUUAGAAGGAACUCCCCGGCAGUUCUCCAAAGUUCGCAUUACGAAUAGUACAGUGAAAAUGUACGGGCAAGAAUUUUCUUUUCCAUCAUAUGAAAGCAUAGAUUGGGACGGCCAAACCUACUCUUCCAACAAACUAAAACGAAGCAAAAGCAUAUCAUUUAACGCAAACGGCCAAACUCCAGAGUUAAGCCCGCAUUAUUAUGAUCACACUCCAUACAUAUUCAAAGCCCCACCAAUCCACCAUUCCAACCUUAGAAACAAGGGCAAACAGCUCUUUAACACAUCCUUGGAUUCCGAUGGAUUUACUGAAGGAUCGUCUUCAAGUUAUGAGACCAUUAAUGUUUCCAAUAACUAUAGUUUGCCUGAAAUAAAUGUGUUUAAAGAUACACCAAAGUUAAAACCAACGAUUUCAUUCAAAAAUAAGGUUAAAGUAUUACCAAGUGCUGAUGAUGUUGCUAAGAAAGAAGUACCUGCGACAUCGAGCACUAAUAAUUAUUUUGAACAAAAAGAAGAAUUGCUUGUAAAGUUUAAAGAUGAAUGCCCCAGUCCAACUGUAUCAAAUAAGGAAGACUUUUUAUUGACCGAGUUAAAAUUAAAGAAGAAUGAGCAAUCCAAGCCAAAACUGAAUGAGACCACCAUUCAGUACAUGAACCUUUUAACAAACACAAUCCAGGAAAGCAAAAUCCUUACAACUUCGUUCGAAUUAGUGGGCGAAAUCUUCUUGACUAAAAACCACAUUGGCAAUAAAUCUCCAUGGAGUUUGGAUUGGGUCUCCGACAAUUCCAGACUUCAAAACAAGGCCUUCUUCAGUUUUAGUCUCGAUAGGCUGACUAUAGACUCCAAACUCACAGGAUUCAUGAAUAUGGGACAAGAAAUAGGCGAUAGGGUUUUUUGGGAGAAAAAAUGGUGCGUUCUUCGGGAAACGCAGUUAAAAAUAUUUAAUUAUCCUUCGUUCGAGGACAUCGUUGAUCCCGUACAAUGUCUGAAUUUAAUUUACAGCGUGGGGCCUUCUACAGUGACCACUAAUGGAGCCAAAAAGAGUUUCCUCCUUAAAAUAGCGAGGCCGAGUACUUGUGAAGAUGUCGAUAGGCCCAGUUUAAGAUCCAAACCCAAUUUUGUGCUGGAUAAAUAUUUUUUCAGUUCUGAUGCCUAUAAAGAUUUUCAAAAAUGGAAUGGCGAGGUCAAGACUAUCAUUGAUACCUUAAACGAUUGGAAAAAAGUUAUUUUUGUCGAGGAAGAUUGUGAAUAA